UUUGCCAAAAACCAAAACAGUGGACCAGUCUUGGCGGGCAAAGGGAGCCUUCAUAUAACCAACUUUGGCUACUAUUUCUUCCAUUUUUGGUCUUCCUAGAAUAUGAACAAGGACUAACGACCUUCAUCGUCUUCUUUUUCUUCUAAGUUUUUUGGAGAUUGAAGAAAGCGUGUCUCGUUCACUUUCUUGCUUGCUUCAGAGCUUUGAGCUCUCUCAUGCAGAAAGAAGAUCUCGAGCCCUUCUGUAUUUCAGGUUUUACAGGAGAUUGGGCCUACUAGUUGAAAUCAAGCAUCACUCCUGAGGUUCAGGCUUUAAGGAAUCAAUUUGUUGUUAUGUUCAACAUGGGAAGUGAAUUUCAUGACCAUUCUGAUGAUGUUGAAUUUGAAAGUUAUCAUCCAGGCUGCAUGGGGGGCAUAUUUAAUGUUCUUUACUACCAUCAUUGGUAUAAUGUCAAAAAGAUGUUCCCCCACAGAAAGUAUAGCAGAGGAAGACGUGCCAGAUACUGCGCAAAUCCAAAAACUAUUUCCAUGGAACGUGAAUCUGUUGAAACCCAAGGAUUAUUGGAUGUUGAGGCCGACCGCGUCCAUGUUCAACAGCAAACCAGAAAAACAAGCUCAACCAACAACAGCGGCUCUGGUAAAGCCUCCACAAAGGGGUUAGCGGGUAAAGAAAAGCCUAGGGAAGAGAACCAUAAACGUUGGAUUUUGGGCUUUUCUGCUAGACCACAGUUACAGCAAACUGAUUCAACCCAUCACCUGGAGCCUUCUGGUUUUGGUCUUGGUUGGAUGAAUCCAAUUAUUCUUGUCCGCAAGAGAGCUGGCACCUCUGAUAGCAACUUGACUUCCUCUUUGCCAGAGACCCAAAGGAAACAAGAUACAAGGAGUAAAAAGCCCGAUACCCAUGACAGAGUGAAUGCAGACAAUCACUUGGAACACAAAGAGAAUGCUGGAAAGCAUGCUAUUUUCAAGAAGAAGAUGGAUAAAAAAGGGGGAACCAGAACCCUAGUAAAUCAGAAGCCAAUUUCUAAGAAGGUCAACAAAGAAGUUUCAUAUAAUCAGGUUAAGGAGGGCAUGGAUGCUUUGGAGAUAUUUAAGAUAAACAAAGAUUUAUUCCUAGAUAUUCUUCAAGAUCCGGAGGUUGGCAUUUCACAGCAUUUUCCUGGAAAUCGAACUUCCAAGACAUUAAAAUUAACAAAAUCAGGGUCAUUUCCAGUACCUGAUUCACCUCGCACCACUAGAUAUCUUCGGUCUAGUACACUUGAGCACAAGCAGAAGGAAUUUUGGUACUUCAAGAAAGAGGAAAAAUCACUCCCUGGUACUCGAUUAUCCAAUUCAAGGGCUUUAAGAACUUAUGAUAGUUCCAGGAGCAUCAGAACAGAAGAAGCAAGUUCUUCAUCCCAGAGGUGGAAUCAUUUAGUUAUGAAUCGUAUCAAGGAUAUUAAGCAGAGAAUAAAGCAAGCCCUCAAGGAAAAGAGAAAGAGUAUUAACCACACAAUGGUGGAUGGACUCACCCACCAGGUUUCUUCAAGAGAUACAUCAUCCAUAAAUGAGAGAGAGAUUUCUGAAAGCUUGGAAAAGACACCUAUGGAGCAGGAUAGUAUAAACAGUUUCAAUAGUUUUCAGACCGAUGCUUCUGAUCAUGAUAUCAGCAAUGCUAGACUCCACAGGAUGAGAAGAACAAAGUCUAUAAAUGAGUCACUAGAUAGAUAUACUCGAUUGUUUGAGCAUACUGUAAGCAAAGAGGCUGAUUUGCAUCACUCUAAGAGCUUAAAAUUGACCACUGAAGACAAAGUUCCAUCAAGAGGGCGUGCUCCGAAUUUUUUCAGGAGGAUUUCCUCUCUAUCUGAUCUGGAGUCCUUUUGCUCCCUUCUACAGGAGGUGUCUCGCGAUGCUCUUUCUUCAGAAAUGCCAAUUAGGAGUAUCCUAAAUUAUGAUGCAAACAAGGAAAGUGAUGCACAUAAUGAACCACAAUCAAUUAGUUUCCCUGAAGAUAUGGAUAAAUUUGAACUAGUAGAAGCUGUUCUAGAGGCUGAAUUACAGGAAAAGAUGAUGGAAGUAAAUAGCCGCAGUUCUACUGGUUUAUUAGUGGAUAGAAAUCGUGAAGAAUUUGCUAAACCAUGUGACUUUGAUGAAGAUGUAGUUGAGCUGGCAAUGGAGAAAAGCAGUCGUCAACAAGAGCAGGAGAUUGUUUUUGCAGUCAAUCCAAGCAAAGAGCUUACACAACCAACUUCAGAUUUAAGUGACAUAACCAGCAGGGCAGAAAGUUCUAUCCCAGAAGGUCAAGGAUUGAAUCAUCCAAGCCAUCCUGCAGAGGAAGCAGAGUCUUUUACCUUGUUAAAAGACAGACGCGUAAAAAGCCACGAAAGUGUUGAAUAUGAAACCGUAGGAAUCAGCAGUCGCUUCCUCUCCUUUGAUUCAGAUAAAGAUCAGGUUGAUCCUUGUUACCAUUAUGUUAGAGAUAUUCUUGAGCUGUCAGGUUUCAUACAAAGUGAUUACCUCCAGAAAUGGUAUUCAGCAGACCAACCAUUGAACCCUUCAUUGUUCAAGGAAUUGGAGACCCUGUUGCACCCUGAACUGGAAUGCUCCAUUGAGGAAGUUGGAAGCAACUGUGAUCACCAACUCGUUUUUGAUCUAGUUAAUGAGGCACUUCUUGAGAUCAGUGAAAAAUCAUCAAUAUAUUUCCCCAAGCCCUUCUCCUUUAACUGUCGCAUUAGUCUAAUGCUUAAGGGAAACAAUGUUCUUCAAGAGGUGUGGACAAAAGUUAGCAGGAACCUUGCCUGCGAACCACAAUCUGACCGGUCUUUAGAUGAUAUUGUAGCUCGAGAUUUGGCGAAAGAUACUCUGCUGAACCUUCAAGAUGAAUCCGAAUUUGUGGCACUUGAGAUAGAAGAUUUAAUUUUUGAUGACCUUUUAGAUGAAGUUCUUUGUGUGUGAGACAGCAGUUUAAUCCAAAUAGAUUGCUUCCUAAGAUACAUGAAUCUUGAUCAUUCAUAACAUGUGGGUUCUUGAUGAAACCCAUGUUCAUGACUAAACAAGAUGUCAUAAAUGUGGGAUAUAAGGUCCCUUGAAUUGAUCAGCUUUGUAACUAAAUUUUUGGUAUAGUCAAUGUUUGCCAUUUUCUAUAUAGAGACCAUUAUCAGCUCGAUUGGCACCGGUUUCAUGGCUAGAUUUUACUUAUACGGAUACAGAUGAUCUUAUUAUAUUUUCAUAUAAACAAUUAAUUGAUUUUUUAAUGUUCAUUGAUACAUUGUUUACCCUAUCCCAUAGCCUUCAUCGACAUUU